GUUGACUAGAGAGGAAAGGAAAGGCGCAUGAGACUUUUCUCUCUUCAUCUCCUUCCAUUUCGUUUGCUUAUCUUGGGCGACGAAAUGGGAGGAUGUGCUAGUACGCCUCAGGUGUUGACGGAGGAAUUCAACGCCCCACUCCCGCUGCCACCACCGGCGGAGAAUGAUUGUAAGCACGAUGAGAUCACGAAGGACAUCAUGGUUGUCGAAGAAUGCAAUGUCGUCGCCCAUGGGGAGUCCCACAUCGGAGUCGUCGUCGCUUAUGAUAAUUUCAACGAAUCUAUUUCUAUCACCGACAUAUCCACCCAGGAUGAAGAGCACGAUUCAGAACAGGUGAAGGAUGAAAUAUUUGAAAUCAAGGAAGCUUCUGAACCAUCCAAAUCAAUGCCCCAACUAGAUGAUGGUGAAUUAGAAUAUCAUUCUCUUCGAGAGUCUCCUGAACCAGAAAUCCCACAUGAAGCUGCAUUUAUGGUAGAAACUUCAGAGCCAGACUCAUGUGUGGAGAAAACAAUAGAGGAAGUUAAGGAAGUGGGAGAAAUUAUCACAUGCGUGGAUGAGCAUAAACUUGCAGCUAAGAUGAGAAUAGCAAUAGAAGAUACUCCCUCACAUGAAAAUGAAACAUAUGAAGAUUUGGGCAUUUUCGGGGACAAAAUUGAAGAGAAACAAAUAAUAUCGGAAGAGAAAUCUAUGGAGAUGAAAACUGAAGAGCAAAAAGAAGAAAUAGCACCAGAUACAUGUAAGACAACGGAGGAAUCAAAAAAGUCGUCUGGUUCUAAAAAGCAAUACUGGCCCAUUGCCGCACUUCUUAGAAAUCCAUUGGGAAAUUUUGCUAAAACCAAAUAGAUGUAUAAAUCAGAGAAGAAGUCAAAGCCUCCCCAUUGUAUUCAUGAUCUUGGUAGGAUUGCAUACACUU